UUGGCACCAGCACUGCAGGAGCAGCGGACGCAGCGGCACGGGGACUCAGAGGGGACGGGCACAGAGGGGACGCACCGGGAAUCAGAAUCGGACAGGGAAACAACCUCUCCACAAACCCAAAAGCACCUCAAGUCUGACCUUCGAUGGGAAGAACUCUGGAAGCCAUGACUGCCCCGCGGCUGCUGUCUGCUCUGGCCUUUGCGCUCCUCCUGGUCAGACAGGGCGGAGCCUGGUCCUACAAUGCCUCCGAGACGGACAUGACCUUUGACGAGGCCAGCACCUACUGUCAGCAGCAUUACACCCACCUGGUGGCGAUUCAGAACCAGGAGGAGAUUCAGUACCUGGACUCCAUACUCAAACACUCACGCUUUUACUACUGGAUCGGGAUCCGCAAGGUCGAAGGCCAGUGGGUCUGGAUCGGCACCGGGAAGCCUCUGACGGAGGAGGCCGCGAACUGGGCUCCCGGGGAGCCGAACAACAAGCGGGCCAACGAGGACUGCGUGGAGAUCUACAUCAAGCGGCAGCAGGACCCGGGCAAGUGGAACGACGAGCUGUGCAGCAAACGCAAGCGUGCCCUGUGCUAUACAGCUGCCUGCACCCCGACGUCCUGCAGCGGCCAUGGCGACUGCGUGGAGACCAUCAACAACUACACUUGCCAGUGCCACCCCGGCUUCCGCGGCCUCCAGUGCGAGCAGGCGGUGACCUGCCCUGCCCAGCACGCCCCUGAGCACGGACGCCUGGAGUGCACCCAGCCCUGGGGGAGCUUCAGCUACAACGCCUCCUGCACCGUGAGCUGCGAGGAGGGCUACCGGCCCAGCAGCCCCCAGGCCGCCCGCUGCACCGCCUCCGGGGAGUGGAGUGCGCCCCUGCCAGGCUGCGAGGUGGCCGAGUGCCCCGAGGUGGCACGUCCCGCCCACGGGUCCGUGGACUGUUCCCCGGGCCCCGGGGCCUUCCCGUGGAACACGAGCUGCGCUUUCUACUGCGAGGAAGGCUUUGCGCUCCUGGGGGCCCCGCGCCUCCGGUGCACCGCGUCCGGGCACUGGGACCACGAGGAGCCCACGUGCACAGCCGUGACCUGUGGCUCCCUGGACCCCCCUGCGCACGGCUCCAUGAACUGCAGCCUCUCUCCGGCCGGGGAGCUAGCCUUCGGCUCCUCCUGCAGCUUCGCCUGCGAGGAGGGCUUCCUGCUGCGGGGGCCCGCCCGCGUGCACUGGGUCCACUCAGCCAUGCGGGUCCCUGCUGUCCCGCCAGCGUGUCCUGAUCACCGCGUUGGUGUUUCAGCUUCCCAGUGCAAAGCCCCAUCCAGGCCCGAGAGAGGCCACGUGAGCUGUGCCCCCAGCGCUUCCGGGAGCUUCCAGCCCGGCGCCAGCUGUGCGUUCUCCUGCGAGCCGGGCUUCGUGCUGAAGGGACGGGCGAGGCUCCAGUGCGGCCCCACAGGGCAGUGGGACAGCAGGGAGCCCACUUGUGAAGCUGUGAGAUGUGACCCUGUGCCCCGGCCCCGGAGCGGCUGGGUGCAGUGCCGCCAUGCCCCUGCCGGGGAGCUCACCCCCAGCUCCUCCUGCGCCUUUGGCUGCGAGAACGGCUUCCAACUGCGCGGGGCAGCUCGCCUUGAGUGCACGGCUCGGGGACAGUGGACACAGGAGGCCCCCUCUUGCCAACUGGUGCAAUGCUCACACCCGGAAGUGCCCAGCAAGGUGGCUGUGAGCUGCGAUGGGGAUCUUGUGUUUGGAGCUGAGUGCACCUUCACGUGCCCCGAGGGAUGGACGCUCAAUGGCUCGGCGGCUCUGGUGUGCGGUGCUGCAGGCCACUGGUCCGGGAUGCUGCCCACCUGCGAAGCCCCCGCCCCGUCCAGCCUGCCCCUGGCCAUCGGGCUCUCCGCUGCCGGGACCUCCCUCCUGACGUCGGCGUCGUUCCUCCUCUGGCUCCUGAAGCGCCUUCGGAAGAAAGCAAAGAAGUUUGUUCCCGCCAGCAGCUGCCACGGCCCUCCGUCAGAUGGAUCCUACCAGACAUUGAUUUAAGUCCAAAAAGAAUCAGGAACACAGGUAAAGGAGGGAAUGAGAGCGAUGCCCUGAGGACAGCAGAGAGCUCUCCUUGGAUCUCAGACCUUUGUCACCUACUGCAGCUGGACUGCAGUGCCCCCCGAGAACUUCAAAGGACCAAAGUCCCGCGGGCAAGGCCAGCCUGCCAGCAAAAUGACUCAAUUUCCUUUGUCCUGUUCUAAGGAUCUGGAAAGUGCUGGAUACAGGGGGAAGGAUAUUCUCUUCCAGACAAAAGCAAAGAGCCCAAGGCUCUGGAGUCUCAGAACUCCUUUUCUAGCUCUCCCUCACUCCUGAUGAAAUCUGGGUGGAGAAACCCAGUAUUUUGUGACAUGAUUUCUUUUGUCCUUCAUCUCUCUAUAUAAAAGCCUAAGUGACUAAAUGACCAGUCAACCAGUUGCUAUGGCACACACU